CAGGCACAUUCAUGGUCUGGUGGACUGGCGGAGAAUGGGAGAGCGCAGCGCUGCAGAGGGAGGGAGGGAGACAGAGGAGGAGGAACCACUGCAGGAAAAAAAAGUUAAAGUAAAAAUGGCUUCCUUGUCUUUGGAGUCUACAGAACAAUCUGAGAACAGCACAGAGGAGCCAACGGCAGCGGACUACAAAGAAGAGCAAGAUCCGGUGCAAGUUUCGGAACAACUACUCCAAAGUUUCCAAAAGUCGGCUCUGAGUUUUUCCACUGACCAGGUCUCAUGUCUGUGCGAGGCCCUCCUGCAGGCGGGCAAUGUGGAUCGCCUGUGGAGAUUUCUCUCCACCAUACCUCCUUCGUCCGAGCUGCUACGUGGCAACGAGACCCUGCUGAAGGCCCAGGCACUGGUGGCUUUCCACCGGGAGGAAUUCAAGGAGCUGUACGCCAUCCUGGAGAGCUACGACUUCCACCCGUCUAACCAUGGGUUCCUGCAGGACCUGUACCUGAAAGCCCGCUACAAGGAGGCGGAGAGGUCCCGGGGCCGCAGCUUGGGCGCAGUGGACAAGUACCGGCUCAGGAAGAAGUUCCCCUUACCCAAAACCAUCUGGGACGGAGAGGAGACCGUGUACUGCUUCAAAGAAAAGUCCCGAAAUGCUCUAAAAGAGUGCUACAAGAGUAACAGGUAUCCAACUCCGGAUGAGAAGAAAAACCUGGCCAAAGUCACCGGGCUGUCCCUCACACAGGUCAGCAACUGGUUCAAGAACCGCAGGCAGAGGGACAGGACCCCGUCUGGGACACACAGCAAAAGGCAAGUCUACGACACAUUUAUAACAUGCAUGCACUUCUUUAUGGAGUGA